UCAGUAGAUUUGAUGUUGUGUUUGAGAAUGAAACAUUUUUGUUGAUAUAUUGUUUCAUUAUAUAUCUUUGGUGCAUACGAUUGCAUCAUUGUUUUUCGUAUUGUUACAAGAUGACUAGUACAUAACUGUGGCUAUUAAUGAAACAGGUUUUAUUGUUAUAUUAACCUAGAUGUUAGCGGUGAUUUUAGACGUGAUCGUGACUUGACGAGGUGAUAACCUGCUGUCGAUGUUCACCGGUUGCGGACUUGCUGAUUAAUAGCGAAACACAAACAUUCACAAUGGAAUCCGAUACAAGUACUAGAAGACGUGUGAAACUGUACAUGUUAAAUGAAGAUCGACAGUGGGACGAUCGAGGGACGGGUCAUGUGUCUUCUGCUUAUGUUGACAGGCUCAAAGGAAUGUCAUUACUUGUCCGAUCGGAAACUGAUGGAUCUAUUCUGCUGGAGUCGAAAAUACAACCUGAUACAGCCUAUCAAAAACAACAGGAAACAUUAAUUGUUUGGUCUGAGGCUGACAACUAUGACUUGGCACUCAGCUUCCAGGAAAAGGGAGGCUGUGACGAAAUAUGGGAAAAGAUUUGUCAGGUUCAAGGAAAAGACCCAUCAGUAGACAUAACUCAGGACGUUGUGGAAGAAUCUGAGGAUGAACGUUUUGAGGACAUGCCUGAUGCAGCGCCACCUAUUGACUUGCCGCCGUGUGAACUUAGCAAACUGGAAGAUAUUGCUGAAUUAUUUCAAAGUGUGCUACCUUCACCAAUAAGAAGGGAAAAAUUAUCUGUUGCCAUUGAAGAUGACGGCUAUAUCAAGAAGUUGAUAGAAUUGUUUCAUAUCUGUGAGGACCUGGAAAAUACGGAAGGACUUCAUCAUCUGUAUGAUAUAUUCAAAAGUAUUUUCUUAUUGAACAAGAAUGCACUGUUUGAAAUUAUGUUUAGUGAUGACAUGAUAUUUGACAUUGUUGGUGUUUUUGAAUAUGAUCCGUCUUUACCACAACCAAUCAGACACAGAGAGUAUCUCAAAAGUACUGCCAAAUUCAAGGAAGUUGUUCCGAUCACGAACCAGGAUCUUGAAAACAAAAUUCAUCAAACUUACCGUGUACAAUACAUUCAGGAUGUGAUAUUACCUACGCCAUCUGUUUUUGAGGAAAAUAUGCUGUCAUCAUUGACUGCUUUUGUAUUUUUCAACAAAGUUGAAAUUGUCAGUAUGAUUCAGGAUGAUGAAAAAUACCUAUCCACAUUAUUUGCUCAACUCACAGAUGAUGAAACAGAUGAUGAUCAUCGGAGAGAUCUCAUAAUGUUUCUCAAAGAAUUUUGUAUAUUUUCUCAUCCGCUGCAGCAACAAAGUAGGGAAGUUUUCUUUAAGACAUUACUAAGCCUUGGGGUAUUAUCAGCUAUAGAAGUCAUAUUAGGUUUAGACGAUGUCAAGAUGAAAGCUACUGCCAUAGACAUAUUUUCAUUCAUUGUAGAAUUCAGUCCGUCCAUGGUCAGAGAAUUCAUUCUUCGUGAAUGUCAAAAUCAGGAUGAUGUUGACCUUCUGAUCAACCUAGUCAUUGAACAGAUGGUUAGUGAUACAGAUCCUGAGCUUGGUGGUGCAAUGCAACUCAUGGGAAUUAUUCGGUUGCUGUUAGAUCCAGAAAACAUGCUGGCAACAGCAAAUAAAACUGAAAAGACUGAAUUCCUGAACUUUUUCUACAAGCACAGUAUGCAUGUUUUAACUGCUCCACUCUUUGCCAACACUGUUGAAGAAACACCAAGCAAAGAUGACUACCAAACUGCUCAGCUGCUGGGGUUGAUUCUUGAACUCCUGUCUUUCUGUGUGGAACACCAUACAUAUCACAUCAAAAACUACGUUAUUAGCAAGGAUCUGCUGCGAAGAGUACUUGUUCUGCUCAAGACGAGGCACUCUUUUCUUGCUCUCAGUGCCUUGCGUUUUAUGAGAAAAAUUGUUGGCUUGAAGGAAGAAUUCUACAACAGAUAUAUUGUGAAGGGAAAUUUGUUCAAGCCAAUUGUUGAAGCUUUUGUUGCAAAUGGAGAUAGAUAUAACCUCCUGAACUCUGCAAUGAUUGAACUUUUUGAGUUUGUCAAAGUGGAGGAUGUCAAAUCACUAUGUUCCCACAUUGUAGAAAACUAUAUUAAAGAUCUUGAUGGGGUAAAGUACGUGAAGACAUUCGAGUCCCUUAGGCUGAGGUAUGAACAACAACAAGACAGGUUGAAAGAAAGGGCAAAUGCUGAGAGCCAUGCAGCAUCCAUUGUGCGUAACAACCGCUUCAGGCGUGAUGCGCGCACCCUGGAAGAAGAGGAAGAGAUGUGGUUUGACCAAGAUGAUGAAAUUGAAGAUGGUGACACACCCACUCCAAUGUCGGAGAUCUUGAAAACCAAACUUGACGCAGAUUUUGACCAAAUAAAUAAAAUAUUAGAAAGCAAAAAAUCUGCUGCUAAGGAACAGUCUGAUCUCAGAGAAUCACCUCCUCGCCUUCUCAACAAAACUUCCACAAUCAACAUCAGCUUACGAGGUGGCAGCCCUGUGAACUCUCCCGGGAGUCCGAACUCGCCGGUCAGUCCAGGAUCUCCCGGCUCACCCGACAGUCCUGGGUCUCCAGGCAGCAUGACCAACCUGAAGGGACCAGCUCCUACUCCACACAGUUCUCCCAUCAACUCUCCACAGAUAAAACAGAAUGCUGUGUCAAUAAAGCCACUUGUUGGACUUGUUGACUAUCCUGAUGAGGACUCUGACGAUGAUGAGGAAGAAGAGUCUUUAGCUCCCUCAGCAAAGCGGCCACGGAUAGGAACGUAGCAUCAACUGAAAUCACAAUACUGUUGUCCUAUUAUCCUAGAAUGAGCAGACGGACGAUGCUUGCAGAGCCAGAGCAGUGUGCACCACUUGUAAGCAAGUGCAGACGGCAGCUGUUGAUUGUCAUUUGAAUUCCUCAAGUGUCUUCAUGUCUGUGAUCCAGGCUUGCCAUCUUGCCUUAAGUGGCAGCAAGGUUCCCUUCAGCGUACAUGGUGCAGUGUCUUGGAUACAAGCUGGGGACACUUGUCUCUCCUCAUAGAAACAUGGUGCAUUGUUCAUUUUUUAAAUUUCAUUUAUGCUAAACCAUGGAAACUACAGGCAAAGAGAAAAACAUUCCACUUUAUAUUCUAGCAUGACAGCUUUUUGUCUGCCCGGUUGAUAUCGACCAAUAGACAUCAGUGUCAGAUACGGGCCACCACUGGAUGGUAAAAAUUUAUUUCAUCACUGGCAGAUGGGUUGAUUGAAUGAAAGGUGUUUGAUUGGAAGAGAUAUAUAUUAGCUUUGUGUGACCGAAAGCCAAAGAAGCGAAUUUUAAGGAGACACAUGUUCUUUUGUACAAAGUUCUUCAAGACAUGCAAGAUUUGUCUGCUACGGAGCAUUCGAGCAGGAACAGAUCAAUUUUAAAUGUGAACAAGGCCAUUGUUAACAUUACAGAUCGAGCCAUAUUUGUUUGUGUGACAAAUAUUUAUAUUCAUUCUGUUCAUCAAUAGAAGAAGUCCUUCUUUUGGAGGCAUUACUAUACUUUCACUCAUAUUGGCACUUUUAGAUUAUGAACUCUGAUCUACCAGAGGUAAAGUACUUAUUUUUUUGGACAAAGACAAAUAGGCAGCUUGUUCGGGUGUUGAUUAAAACAUUUGAGUGAGAUGUCUCGAACAUUAAAUGCAAUGAAGUCCUAUGUAUAUUUUUGUGGCAGUGAGAUAAAUGUAUAUGUGACCAUGUCUGGGGGAAAAGAGGGUACAAAUGAGAAAAUAGGGCAAAUAUUUUUUUAUUGGUAUUUUUUGUUUAUAGCUAGUGGUUGGUUAUAAAAGUACAAUGUCCUCAUAUUUUGGCUCAAAGUUAUAAAUAUAACAACUGGAAUCUUUAAUGUGUAGUAAUUAAGAGAUUUUUCUUCAUCUUUAAAAAAUUCAGAAUGCCAAGAAGUUAAUGAUUAUAUUUCAGGAGUUGAAAUACAGAGUGAAACAUUAUUUCAUUGUCUAAAUGAGUCCUGCUUUGAAAAUGGUACCUUCCUGACUUCCUAACAGUUUGACAAUUGAAUACAGAAUUAAUUAAUAACAGUAAUUUUGUCUCAGUUACCCGUAAAAUAUUUCCUGGAUACACAUGAAGCAGAACAAAAAAUCCUUUGACAUAUCACAUUCCACCCCUUAAAAAUGACCAGCAUUUUAAUAUUCAGGGUUCGCACACAUCAUGGAAUUUGAGAUUUAAAAAUCCAGGUCUGUAAACGUGGAAAAUCAUAAUAUAGCUUCUGCCCCCAACUCCAUCCUAAGAAAAAAAGACACCUGGAAAUAAAAUUUUAAUAAAAUGUAUAAUUCUUAAAUCGGUAAAUCUGAUCGUUGUCUAGAAGCAUAAGUCCUGAACUGGCUCCAGUUAGAAUUAGUCAUUUGAUAGGUAUUUGUCUCCCUGCUAUUACAGCAUUACUUUGCAAACGUAAUGCAUACAGUUAAUUAGUCGUACGACUGGUAUUGUAAUAAUUUUAUGGCAUUACAUUGCACACGUAAUGCAUACAUAUGAGGAACAGUUAACUGUUCUUUGCUGCCUUAAUCCCAAAACACACCAAAGCUGUGCCUGGGUCUACGAUGGCGAGUAUGGUUCCAAUCAAAAAUGAAACGUGCACUGUAUCGAAAAUUUACAAAGCACAACGCUCUGUGCUGGCACAAAGUACAGAUCUGGCAACAGACAUCAUUAGAAAAUGCGCUGUAUUUUCACACUGCCAGACUGGAAGCUGCAGCCUGAGUUAGCUGUAUUUUAAUUUAUUUUUCUUAAUAAACAACAGGAAAGAUACAUCAAUCAAAGUAGGAUGCUAAUAAUUAUUGUUGGUGUUUACAGAAGAAAUUAUAUCUAAAGAUAUGAGCGCAGUUAAUAUAUGUUGAAAACCUGUAAGAAUUACAGAUCCAGAUGUCAAAAUACAUGGUGUCUUUGCCAGUGUUUGUUUGUUUUGGGCCUAAACUGAUUUUAGCAGUGAUAUUACUGUUUUAAUACAAAUAUCCACAUGUACAUGAUGUACAAGUUCAUUUCUAAAAUUUAAAUGAUAAUCAUAUGGUCAUGGAAAUGUAUUAUUUGGGUCAUGGAAAGUCAUGGAAAAUCAACUUGAAAAAGGUGUACGAACCCUGAAUGUUAUUUACCAUUAAAUAUAAGAACUAAAUUUCCAAAAAUACUCAUGUAAAUAAAGAAUAGAUCUUAAACUUGGUGUUUAUGUUGACUUUUGUGAUGCAUCUGGGUGAGUUUUGACUUAAUCUGCAAUUCCAUUUGAGUGUUCCAAAUGUAACCUGUGGUGUCCACUUCGAAUUACAUAAGGAGCCGCAGUUUUAGUACAAGUGUAAAGGAAUUUAUUUUGCUACAUAACAUGUGUUCUUGUCAAGACUAUUAAAAAAAAGAGAAGAUAUUUAAAAACUGUACAUUAAUUAGCUUUGUUGCAGUGGGAUGUUAUUUUGGAAAUUACACCUACGAAUGAUUAUUUUACAUCUACCUGAACAGCAUGAUUUCCGAUAUUGUACAAAACACUUGACCAGGUAACCCGAAUUAUACUAUAAAACAGCCAUAGUAGUGCACUCUGAUCUUGUGCCCAAGUCACACUUUAAGGUGCCAUUUUCAAAGAACCCAUAUAGAUGACAAUUAACCGUAACAUUUUGUUAACUGUUUGUUUGAUUUAAUAUAUCCUGAAUAUGUUCAUGAGGACAUACCACAUACCACAUGCCAUUUCAAACGUUAUCUGUGAAUGAUGUCAUGCCUUAUCUGUAGUUUUUUUUUUUGCAGACAUGGUCACACCGACACACCAUGUACAUGCGCGCGCGUGCAUGCGUGCGUACACACAUAUAUACAUAUACAGACACGCACACACAGGAACAUGCACACACACACACACACACUGAUAUAUGAUGAUGGAAAGAAAUGUUAUGGGAGAGCUACAGAAAGAAAAUGCAUAUCAAAUUUUAAGACAUACUUUUUUUUACUUUAUGACUGGAUGACUGAUAAAUCUUCAGCUGUUCGCAAUAGUAGCUCUGUAGGAGCUUGCUUCAUUUAAGCAUUAUUUAUUAAGAUAGUUUUAUAAGAAAUUUGUAUUUCAGUGAGAUAGUUUAUAGUUUCAUAUAAGGUGUUAUCCCCUGCCAUUUUUAAUUGAAACAGACGGAUUACUCUUUUGCUUGACUGUCCUUUGAGUUUUGUGUUUAGAACUGAGUGUUUCUCUCCAGCAUGUUUUAUGUUCUAAGAGCUUUUGCACACAUUAUAUAGAAGAUGAGAUGCAACACUUUCUAGUACCCACCACUACAGAUAACACUUGAUUUGUCUUAAGCAUUUCGUUAAAAAAAAGUUUCUGAAAUGUAUGUUUGUGUUCAUUUAUGUCUUUGUUUUUCCCCAAUUAUCUACACAAAUCUCUUACAGUUUAUUUCAGUUUUGGUUAGUGCUCUUGUUUAUAAUAGUGUCUCAACUAUAUGUUGUGUAUUUUUGUGUGGAAAUAUAAAACCUUGUCCUAAUACAUAUAUACUAAUGGUAAUGUCACCGAUGAGUAUCCCGUUUUCUACAGUCACAAUUUGUAUCUGCAGAAUAUGAUGACUGGGAAACUUGUAGUGUUCAGAAUGAUAGUGUUUGCUGUCCGUUCAAUAUGUUGUAUACAGAAUUGAUUGCAAAUGCCUGCAGUCAUUCUUCCAUUCUGAACCUGCUAUAGUAAUAAAAUAAACUUUUAUCCAGUUGUUUUUUUACUGACCAGACUUUUAAUCCUGAAGGUUUUUUUUAAUGCUGCUGAUGGAACAUAUUUUCACAUUUAAAACAAAUAUAACACUGCUUAUUUAGGGGACAAUAUUUCAAAAACUUGGGUAGCUGGAAGUCUGUUACCUAGGUAAGCAAUUGCUUGGUUACCAGAAUUUUAUUUGCUUAACCUGAACUUGCAUUUAAAAGAUCAUAUUUCCAGCAGUAAACUUGUUCAUCAUGCAUUUAAAUGACCAUAUUUCCAGCUGAUAUUGUAAAUUUAACAACAAUAAAGAAUUAAAAAAAAAUAUUGGAUAUCAUUAAAUAACAGUUUCUUUAUAUGGUAAAGUGCCUUUUGGAACAUCUAAGGAUUUACCACGUAACCAGUAGACAAUAUAUUAUAGCCUGUUAUUUAAAUUUUUUUUUUCAAAAAAUCUAAAUCGCAACACAUAUCACCUCUGGGCAUCUUUAUUUGUACCACCUAUUCCAGGCAUUUAGUUGAGUAUUAAUACCUACCACCUACCUUACAUUUUGUCACAAUGCUUCCAGAUACUUCACUCCUAACUGUCAGUUCUUUAUUUGCUGUCAACAAAUACAAUCUAAAAAGUGUAUUACUCUGAUUGUGAUCACAAUCUGCAUUAUGUGUGUGUGUGUGUGUGUGUGUGUGUGUGUGUGUUCUUCCAUUAUUAUUCAUGUGCGUUUUGUAGGUGUAGUAAAGUUGGUGAUGACAUUUUCAAAACGGGGAGCAUUCUACCAAAAUUACUGAAUAUGUCUUAUUAAUAUUAAUAUCAUGAGUUGGAUUUGGAAUCUGUUCAUCGAUGUCUGACCAAGACAUCUUGUUUUAGACAUUACGAAAACUAUUCAGCUUAAGCAAUACCAUAGUGUUCAGCUAUCCUAUGUUGCUCUUUCUGUGCAGAUUUGGCAUUUAUUGUAGGGUAUCCAGGACAUGAGCUUCCAGAACGUUUGGUUCCAUGGGUAGACUAUGGCGCCGAGGUCCUGGCUCCAUAUGUAGACCCACAUUCUUGUGUAGUAUGAUAUCUUAAUUCUGUAACGUUUUGCUAUAAAUUCAAAUGUGAAAUUAGGGUUGUGAUUUUUCAGCGUUUUAUCUGACUUAACAUGUGGGUUUUUUUAUUAUUAUUAUUAUUAUUAUUAUUUAUUAUUAUUAUUAUUUUUUUUUUUAAAAAUAAAAUAAGCUUCAUAGACUGAAUUGUACCGUAAAUACUUGGAAAUUGUAUUUUUUAAAGAGUGGUAUACAUUUCAACUUUUAAAACAUAAUUUCAGCAUUUAUUUUUAAGUGGGUAUCACAUCUCUUAAAACAAAAGAUACAUGCAAUACCUUGACGGUGCUUACAAUUUGAAAAACGAUGGUGAGCAAUAAAUUGCUCUCCUGAAAUUAUAUAGGAGAGCAGUUGCUCAUAAUGAAUAAAUGGAAAACAAAUUUGUGAGGUGGUGUUAAAUUUACCUAAUGCCUAAGUAUACUGGCAUGCAAGUGAGAGUAAUUGCUUGUGCCAAAUCAUAAGAACUGCUUUUAUGUUGCUGAUGUUUCACGAUAAUUUCAUUAAUAAAACUUAAAAAUUCAAUAACAUUGAAUGUAGUGAGAAAUAAAUUUUUAGAUUAUUUUCAGCAUUUGUGCUUUCAGUCAUAAGAGGUAUUAGACAUUUGUAUAUUCAGUCAGUUGAUCCAUGUACAAUAAUAAUAAUAAAAUAUCGGUGGCAAAAAUAAACCACCGUGAUAACAUUCCAGUAGAAACAAUAAUGUACUUAAAUAUUUUAUAGUAUUGUGGCAGGGGACUUUCUUAUGUAAAAGAAAAUAUUCUUUUAUUGCCUUUUAACUAUUGUUUUGUUAUCGACUAUCAUUUUUGACGCAGGUAUGUUCACGAGAAUGACUGUUUUCAUUAUUUAUAGUUACAAUAGUCAGGUUACUAAUCAAACGAGUGAACCAAAUUUUAUUUCUGUUUGAUUUAUUGUACAGUGUGUUAUUUAUUACUGUCCGAUUUGAUCAUUGUACAUCUUGUUAAUUUGUCACCUGAGCUCUCCCUUAAUGUUUAUAACAAACCUUCAAUUAUAAAUAAGUCUUUAAGUUCCAUACGAAAUUGUGCCGUAGCUGUUUUAGCUGAAAUAAAUUUUUAUUAUGUAACAUUCAUGUUUAAUAAAUAAUUACCAUGCCAAAGGUAUGGUUUUAGUA